AUGACCCAAUCCUGCUGCUCCCCUUGCUGCCAGCCUACCUGCUGCAGGACCACUUGCUGCCGGACCACCUGCUGCCAGCCCCCUUGUGGUGGAUCUAGCUGCUGCCAGCCCAACUGCUGUGGGUCCAGCUGCUGUGGCCAAAGCUGCGGUGGGUCCGGCUGCUGCCAGCCUUGCUGCCGCCCAACUUGCUGUCAGACCACCUGCUGCAGGACCACUUGCUGCCGCCCCAGCUGUGGCUGCAGUCCUUGCUGUGUGUCCAGCUGCUGCCGCCCUUCCUGUGGUGGAUCUAGCUGCUGCCAGCCCAGCUGCUGUGGAUCUUGCUGCUGCCAGCCUUGCUGCCGUCCUACUUGCUGUCAGACCACCUGCUGCAGGACCACCUGCUACCGUCCAAGCUGUGGCUGUAGUCCUUCCUGUGGAUCCAGCUGCUGCCAACCAUGCAGCUGCUGA